AACUAGGAUUGCUUGGUUGGUGUUAUUUCGUUUUGAAAACCAUUCUCAUUACAUUGCAUGAUUAGCUUUAAUUCUUUAAGUAGUAGCACCUUAAUGCUAACAUAAACUACUUCUGGUUCUGGAUUGCCUCUUUUUCUUCAAAAGUGAAAACCAUGAAAACUGUUUCCAUUAUCUUCUCCACUUGAUGAUGAUUCGUUUCUGCUACUUCUUUUUCAGCUGACAGUCUCUUUCUCAUUCCAACUCCAAAAUCUAAAAUCUCUCUUAGCAUCAAAAAAAAGAUAACUUUGGUGUAUGGCGACAACCCAAUCCCAUCACUCCGCCCGAAAGCGAUUUCCAGGCCUCAAUUAUCCACUUCCCCUUUUAAACCCUCAUCACAUUUUCCUCUUUCAUUCAUUCCCUCACCGAUGGCCACCGAUGCCUCCCCGAAAUAUCGGGCUGCCGACUUCCACCACCCCGAUAUUCCAGAUAUCUCCGUCUCCCAUGAUGGCCUUCGUUUCUGGCAAUACAUGAUUGCCGGUUCCAUCGCUGGCUCCGUCGAACACAUGGCCAUGUUUCCCGUUGAUACUCUCAAGACUCGCAUGCAAGCUUUUGGCGGGUCUUGCCCGCCCCAGUUCAUUGGAGUCCGCCAGUCUCUUGGCUCUAUCUUGAAACUCGAGGGCCCAGCUGGACUCUAUCGCGGUAUCGGCGCCAUGGGACUCGGAGCUGGACCUGCUCACGCCGUUUACUUCUCCGUGUACGAGCUCUGCAAGCAGUUCUUUUCCCGUGGGAACCCGAAUAAUUCAAUGGCGCACGCCGUCUCCGGCGUUUUCGCGACGGUGGCGAGCGAUGCGGUGUUCACGCCGAUGGACAUGGUGAAGCAGAGGCUGCAGCUGAAUAGCAGUCCGUACAAGGGAGUUGGGGAUUGCGUCAAGAGAGUAUUGAUGGAGGAGGGAGCAGGGGCGUUCUACGCGUCGUAUAGGACUACGGUAAUUAUGAAUGCGCCGUUUACGGCCGUUUACUUUACGACUUAUGAAGCGGCGAAGAGGGCGUUGAUGGAGGUGUCCCCGGAGAGUGCUAGUGACGAGCGGCUGGUGGUUCAUGCCACAGCUGGUGCAGCUGCUGGGGCCUUGGCUGCUGCUGUUACUACCCCGCUUGAUGUGGUGAAAACGCAGUUACAGUGCCAGGGAGUUUGUGGGUGUUAUAGAUUUUCCAGUAGCUCAAUUGGGAAUGUGAUUAAAACCAUAGUUAAGAAGGAUGGUUACCAUGGGCUUAUGAGGGGAUGGAUCCCCAGGAUGCUCUUCCAUGCUCCUGCUGCUGCCAUUAGCUGGUCCACCUAUGAAGCCUGCAAAAACUUCUUUCAACAACUGCAUGGCAACUGAGGAUUUUGCCUAUUUAUUGCACCUGAUUCUACGACUGGUUGAAAUUGCAUCCCAUUUGUUAGUGUCAUCCGCUCCAAUCUUACCAUAAAUUCAUUUUAAAACGCAUUGGUAAGGUUAUGAAAAAAAAGGGAGGAAUAAAAAAAAUAUAUAUAUUUUCAUGUACAUCACGAAGACUCGUGUCCAAUAAUAAUACUGAAGAGAAGUUAGCUCUUCUUUUUACCUGGUUAA